UGCAUUAUUCAUUCUACAGGUAUCAGUGGUACAACACGCACGAAAGUCUUUGUAUUGGAAACUGAAAAUAUGGCGUGGUGCACAGUGCGAUAGUAUUUUCAACCUAAGGGUAAUUUUCAAUGAAAUUCUUCACGUUCGUUGUUCGGCAAUUAAGAUUUGUGAGCGGAGUUUGACCGAUCGCGAACGGCUUUGUUUUUAUCGCACUAGAGCUUUCCGGGAGCUCAUUUUUUCUCUACUCUUUAUUACAUCGUCGCCAAAACGGAAGAAGAGGGAUUCCAAUCCUCAGUGACUGCUUUUUUUUAUUUUCAUUGAUGUGAUGUUACCAAAGAGUGUUCGGAUUAAUCGUCUUUAUAAAGUUUUACGCAAGUGAUCGCAACUUAACAAAUCAUGCAUCGAUAUACCGUUAAUGUCGUUUUGUUGUUGGUUUUCUGUUGCUCAGUAAACAGUCAAUUUGAUAGUAUUAGUGAUACGGAAAUCACGGAAGAAUUAGAUCCAUCAAAAUUAUCGUCACCCCAUGUGGAGUCAUCUCGAUCGUCGGCCCAAACGAGUCAUGGCACAAGGCCUGUCUCUGGGAAUAAUCAUAAACCAACAUUCGUAAACUGUUCCCUUUAUUCUGAGACAAAAAUUUAUGAAGAACAAAAGAUAGGAACUUAUGUGACGACCAUGAAUGCAACGGAUAACGACCCCCCGGAGUCUGGAGGCACAGUGACUUACGCCAUAGUCCAUCGUGAGGGUGUUCGCAAAUUUUUCAACAUUGAUAGCACCACCGGAGUGAUCACCACCGCUCAUGUAUUCGAUAGAGAUGAGCCAACUCGACAAAAGGAAGUUUAUAUUACAGUUAAAGCCAGCGACAAUGGCUGGCCCGUUUUAGCUGAUAUUUGUAUACUUAAAAUCACAAUCUUGGAUAUUAACGAUAAUUAUCCUAUUUUUGAUAAAUCGAAAUAUGACGAAAAAGUGACAGAAGAUGCAAAAGUAGAUCGAGAAGUAAUGCGUGUAUUUGCAUAUGAUGCAGAUGAAGGUGACAACGCGCGAUUAACAUAUUCGAUUAAAGCGGAUGGUGUCAACAACGAAUUUAAUACAUAUUUUCAAAUAGAUCAAAACACGGGGGUGAUUAAUUUGAAAGAAAGCGUAGCAUCGUAUCAUGAAAAAGUUUUCAAUGCUUUAGUACUUGUGCAAGAUAACCCGAUUAAUAUAACGGAACAAAAAUCGAACGAAGCUGAUAUCACGAUUAAAGUCGUUGAUUCAAAUAAACAGCUUCCAUCGUUUGUACAUUAUCCAAAAGAGCCGAUUUUGAUUUAUGAAAAUUUUAGUAAUUUUGAAGAACAAAUAAUAAAUUUGACUGCUCAAUCAAAUAUAGACUUAGAGGAAAUACAAUUUGAUUUGUUACGUUUACAAACGGCUCAAUCCAAUAAAGAUAACACUUUUAAAUUGACACCUAUAAAUGGAACUUCUGCCUAUAUAUCCUUGGGGCGACAAUUGGAUUAUGAGACGGUUACUGAAUACACAUUAACAGUUAAAGUGAUCAAUAAGGAUUCAUUACACGCUUCUACACAAAUACAUAUUAAAGUAGCUGACGUUAACGAUGAAAUUCCGGCAUUUAUUGAACUCGUUUCCGGUAGUGUUUUAGAAAACGAAGAAAUUGGUACGCGAGUUAUGCAAGUUAGGGCUAUCGAUAGGGACGGAACUUCAGCGAAUAACAUCGUAAGCUACGAAUUACAAGCUGGACAAGCACACGAAGAUAAAUUUGCUAUUGAAAAAGAUACCGGUAUUGUUACAACAAAAAUAAAAUUUGAUCGUGAAGCCGCGCAAGUUUAUGAUAUUAUUGUACUAGCUAAAGAUAAUUCACCAAGUGCCUUAUAUAAAAGUGGCGAACCGAACAUCGCCCAUCAAACAUUUCGUAUAACAAUUGAAGAUAAAAACGAUAAUCCCCCAGUUUUUGAAAAAAGUGUUUACAGAGUUAAUAAUAUAUUGGAAAGUACAAAUAUUGGUGUAACAAUCGCGGAAGUAAGAGCCAUCGAUCAAGAUACGGCAGCUAUUAUAUCUUAUACUAUUAGGUCGGGGAACGAUGGCGAUUCAUUUGAUGUUGAAAGAACAACUGGAAGAAUUGUGGUUAAGUCAAAAUUAGAUUACGAAAAGAUACAAAGUUAUAACUUAACAGUUGAAGCAUCGGACGGAUCGUAUUCCGAUAAAGCUACCGUUUUAAUUUUUAUUGAUAAUAUAAACGACGAAUUACCCGUUUUUGAACCCUACGAUAAACGAAUCACCGAUAUAGUCGAAGAAACCAUUCCAGUAGAUUGUAUUAUUCGCCUAACAGCUUACGAUCCCGAUAUACAAGAUCGUAACGCCCCACAAAAUAUCGAAUAUCAAGUCGAUGACCGUUAUAAACAUUUCCUAAGUAUCGAUAAAGACGGGUGCGUAAAAUUAAUAAAAAAGUUAGAUCGUGAUAAACCAAACGGUUCCGAAACAUAUCAAGCUUACAUCCAUGCUUUCGACGAUGGAAAUAGUCCAAAUUCGCAAACGCAAUCGGCGGAAAUUUUCUUAGAUCUCAAAGACAUAAACGACAACGCGCCAUUUUUAACAGUAACCGAAACAGUUUGGCAGGAAAAUCAAGAACCCGGCGAAAUAAUAACUUUUGAAGCAGACGAUUAUGAUAGUCCCGAAAACGGACCACCUUUCACGUACAGUUUUGCCGAAAAAAUUGAUGAAAACACUAAAUCAAAAUUUUAUAUUAAACAAGAUAAAUUAUAUGCUAGCACGGAAUUUGAUCGCGAAGAACAAAAAUAUUACGAUAUUUUAAUUGCAAUUACAGACAGCGGAACACCAGAAACGCAAACCGGGGUUAGCAAUUUUCGCGUAAUUAUCGGCGAUGUAAAUGAUAAUCCAGCGCAAGAUGGUGAAAGUGAAAUAUUUGUUUAUAAUUAUAAAGGUACCGCACCGGAUAUGCAAAUAGGUAGGGUUUUUGUUGAAGAUCCCGACGAUUGGGAUUUAAGGGACAAAAAUUUUCAAUGGAGAUAUGAUCAAAACGAGUAUUUCCAAUUAGAUAAUAACGACGGUAUGCUUACGAUGCGGCAAGGAACGCCGGAAAAUCUUUAUGUAUUAGAAUUUGAAGUAACGGAGGAAGCGCCUCCGUUAAUUCCACGACAUACAGUUCAAGCGAAAGUGACGGUCACUGUCAAAGAAAUUCCGGAAGAAGCUGUGGUUAAAUCCGGCUCAAUUCGUUUAAAUGACACGUCGAUUGAAGAAUUUAUAACUCGCGUUAACGGCGUUAGCAAAAAAGACAUAUUACAAGAACAUUUAUCAAAAAUUUUAAAUACAAGUAAAGAAAAUGUCGAUAUUUUUACGGUAAUUAGAACGCCGAGUGAUUCGCAACUUGUUGAUGUUCGAUUUUCCGCUCACGGUUCGCCUUAUUAUGCGGCAGAAAGACUUAACAAUAAAAUUAGUUUACAUCAUGAAGCGCUUGAACAGGAACUUGGAGUUACAUUCGUUAUGAUCAGUAUUAGCGAAUGUAUGAAGGAAAGUAUUUGUGGUUCAGAAACUUCUUGUAUGAGUCAACUGAGUAUUAUGGACACCCCAGCGAUUGUUUUUACAAACCGAACGUCAUUUGUUGGUGUAAAAGCGAUCGUCGAAGCACUUUGCGAAUGUGUAGAAAUUCCCAGAAGACAAACGUGUUUGAACGGUGGUACAUUUAAUAUUGAGACGUCUUUAUGCGACUGUCCAGGUGAUUUUGAGGGUCCUAAUUGCGAAGCUUUGUCUGUUGGGUUUCAAGGAAACGGCUGGGCUAUGUAUCCGACGUUUAAUGCUUGUGAUAAAACGAAAAUUACGUUGGAAGUUGAAACGAGUUCAGAUGAUGGGUUAAUAUUUUACGCCGGGCCUUUAUCUAAAUCUCCAAACUUACCGAUUAGCGACUUUAUUUCAUUAGAAAUCAACGCUGGUUUUCCAAAAUUAAUUCUAAAUUAUGGUUCGGGCACAGUUCCAGUUUUUUUGAAAUCGAAACGAAUUAACGACGGGGCCAGUCAUACAAUUAGCAUCGAAUUCGAUCCGAAAGAAAUCGCUUUUUCCGUUGAUCACUGCCAUACAAGCGAUUGCGUCACUUUGGCGCACCCAAAAGGACCCAACACGCUUUUAAACGUUAACGGACCAUUACAAGUCGGAGGAACUAGAGAACCAUUGAAAGAACUCGGUGAAAUUUUCCGUUGGGAGCAUAUGCCCGUGGAACAAGGAUUCGCUGGGUGCAUUCGAAAUUUAACUUAUAAUUCGUAUCUCUACGAUCUUGGGAUGCCCGGCGAACAUGAAAAUGCGAGACCCAAUUGUAACUUUGGAAUUUCAAAGGCUGUUACUUUCGGGAUUGAUUCAAACUUUUUAGUUGCAAUAUUAGUUUGCGUUGCCAUUUUAUUAAUUUUGUUAUUGGCAGUUGUGGUACAUAGACGCAAAGAAAACAAUUGGAACGAAAAAGAUAAUGAUGAUAUAACGGAAACUAUAAUUGCAUACACGGAUGAGGGUGGUGAAAACGACGCUGCUUUCGAUAUGAACUUCUUGAAGGUGCCCGAUGAGGAGCCGCCAAUUAACGAGAAAUUGUUGACGCAAGCGCCGAAGGUUCCCGACAUUCGAGGUUUCGUCGAUAACAAAAAAGAUGACUGCGAUCGCGAUCCGAAUAAUUAUCCAUUUGACGACGUUCGUUAUUACGCUUACGAAGGAGAUGGAAAUAGUACUGGGUCGUUAUCUUCUCUUGCAUCAUGUACUGAUGAUGGUGAUUUGAAGUUUAAUUAUUUGUCAAGUUUCGGUCCGAGAUUCCGUAAAUUGGCGGAUAUGUACGGUGAACCAAGCGAUGAAGAUAGUCAUGAUGGUGGCGAAGAAUCAUUUUGCUAAACGAAAUGAAUUAAGAAAGGUUUAAAAAAAGAAUAAAAUUGGGAAGUAUUUUCUAGAUAGGCUGAAAAAAAAAUAAAUUAAAACCGAGAGUCGA